CCUGUGGGCUCCCGUGGCUAUUGAUAUCAAGCUCCUACUGGUAGUACAGCUCUCAGUUGAUUGUGUCUAUCAUGAGGACUAGUCCUGUUCUGUGGUUCUCUCUAUUCUUUCUAUUAGGGAACGACCCUUUUGGUGCUGUGGCUAUUGACUGCUCUCGUUCUCUUCCUUCUCCAACUAAUAAUGGUGGUGGAUCAUUCACUGGUGGAGUACAAUUACUCAUUCCUUCAUGGACCUUCUCUUGUCCUGGAUUUAUUGAUGAUUGGUUUGCUCAUGUCACUGGUGAUACAUCAGUUACUGUUGGGAGUGGAAUUGAGUUUCAAGUAUUAAAACCAGAUCCUGUUAAGAGUAAUGCUUACAAUCUUAUAUAUGGCAAUAUGUAUGGAGAUGAUAUAGCUGGUGGCUUAAGUGCUGAUGGCAGCAGAAUAAGAUUUGAUGUAAAUAUUGGGUAUCUUCUUCCAGUACGUCCAGGCUAUAUAGUAGGAGUAUACAUUGAUCCAAAUGCAGUUAAUCAGUUAAGUCUGAUAUAUGACAACACAGCAGAAGAUAUUGAUAUUUAUUAUUGGGAGAAUCUAACAGGACGAAUGUGUGAUCUUUCUUUAUGUGAUGCCAAAGUGACAAGAGGAAGCCCAUUAAUUGGUUGGACAUUCAGAAAUGUUACCAGUGAUAAUGCUCUAUCAACUCAAGAGAAUACAAUACAAGCACUUAGAAUGAAUUUACAAUAUUGUAAUGAAACUGAAGCAUUGUCAUGUGUUCCACCUUCAGAAUCAGUAGAACCAACAAUGUCUUCUACUCUCAUGCCACCAUCAUUAUCAUCAGUCUUCCCUUCUCUUUUAAUGUCUACUACUCCAUCCUCUACACUCACAACUUCAUCUCUUCUUCUCUCUUUUGAUUUGUCUUCAUUUGCUACUCCUCCUCCUCCUUCCUCCAUCUCAAUAUCACUCGAAACUCAUCCCUCCUCUCCUUACUCUUCUCCCUCCCUCACUCCCCUGUCUCCCUCUUCUUCUCAUUCAGUGACAUCUUCAGCUACUCCUUCCUCCUCUUCAACUGAUGGCAGUGGAAGUGGAAAUGGUGGUGGUGGUAUAUUUGAAGAUCUCUCGAUUCAAGUUGUUGCAGUUCUUGGUGUAAUAGUGAUCCUACUGUUACUGGUCAUCAUACUCUCACUCAUAAUAUGUAUAUGCUGUCUCUGUAGAAGCAAGACCGGUAUUGAGGUAUCCGGCUCAGUUGAAAACCCUGGAUAUGAUGACCCUGGUACCAUAUCAACCAUAUCAAAGUCACAUUUAUUGAGCUCUUCCCCUCAAACCUCACUCCCCAGCAUCCCUGUUGCUAUGACGACCCACCACACCUACAUAGAGGAAUCCUUGAGAGACUCAAACAUUGUCGAUACUCGUUUCACAUCAGCCGGAGCUCAGGACUUGAAAAACUUGAGAGGAGGAGAGAAGAACGGGGGCAUACCCACCAAUCCACUACCAAUUGGUAAUGGAGGAUUCAUUAAUAAUGACUAUGAUGAUCCAGAGCCUUCUCAGUCCAUUGUAUCCCCUCAAAGUCAAAAUGGGCUAAGUCAUUAUUACUCGACACCUAAUGCUGGAGGAGAUGUUGAUCCCAUUUCACCUCCAGUUGGCCCUUAUUAUUCCCUGCCCCCAGCUGAGGCUGUCCCUAAUAUCAUUGAGAUAUAUGAUACACCUGAUUGUGACAGUGUGGUCCCUUCUAGCAAUGAUCCUGAAGUAACGGACAACUAUGACAAAAUAAUAAUUAAAGAUAAAAGUCCUCCUGGUGAGCCAGCCCCUUCAAACAAUGGUGAUCCUACCAUUUAUAAUUAUGUACCAACCUUAGAGCAACGGACUACUCUCCUCAACUGGCGUUAUGAAAUACCAGCUGAUCAAGAGUAUGACAAGUUAAAUUUCUUUGUACAGACUAAAGUGUUUUGGAAGCCUGCAGCAACCACAACUGGCCUCUAUGAGCAACUGGCAUCAAACAAAUAUAGGGAAAUAAACAGAAAGGAGAUAGCUAUCAGUAGCACAUUAGGUGAGGGUCAGUUUGGCUAUGUCAGUAAAGGCUUGUGGACUCACGCCAAUGAAAGACAUGACGUGGCUGUCAAGAUGUUAAAACCUGAUGCCACGGAUCAAGAUCGUGUGAAGCUUUUACAAGAAGCAGCCAUUAUGGGGCAGUUCACUCAUAAGAACAUUGUCAAGCUUCACGGGGUAGUCACUGUUGGAGAACCAGUAAUGAUGCUACUGGAGUUCAUGCCAAGGGGAGAGUUGAGAGCUUAUCUGAGGAGCAUCAAAUCAAAACUUUCGGCAAGCAACAUCACAAACAUGCCAAAACUCCUCCUGAGGUUUUGUAGGGACAUUUCCUCUGGGAUGGCCUAUCUUUCCCAGAAGUCGUUUGUACAUCGUGAUCUUGCUGCCAGGAAUGUCCUCCUCGCCUCUGACCUAACAUGCAAGAUUGGUGAUUUUGGCAUGGCAAGAGAUCUGAUGGAGGAUGAAAGCAAUUAUUAUAAAUCGAGUGGAGGAAUAAUCCCAUUGAAAUGGACUGCACCUGAAGCUUUAAAUUUUAAGAAGUAUACGUCAGCAAGUGACGUGUGGAGCUAUGGUAUGGUCUUAUAUGAGAUAUGGAGUCUCGGGCAUAAACCAUUCAAUGAUCUCUCGAACCCAAUCGUAAUUGCACUAGUGAACAGUAAACACUGUCAGGCUCCCCCUCCUGGUUGCUCCAGACGUGUCUAUCAACUGAUGGUCAAUUGCUGGAAUCCCGAGCAUACCCUUCGUCCUAAGUUUGAGAGCAUCAGUGAGUACCUCAAAGACUCUGAUGAGUCUCUACUCCAGUGGAGCAGGGAGGACCUGUCUGCUGGUAAGGACGUCAGUCGACUAGGAGCUCCUCUUGAAGUAUCAACUGAUCUUUAUGUUGACCUCCAAAGGACUUACCAGGCUGCAAUGCUGGAGCAGUCAAAUAAAAACUUCGCAUAAAAAUAUCUAUACUUACACCCAUCCUUGCUUUCUUUCUUUCUCUUUCUUGCCAUUUUCUCUCUCUCUCUCUCAUAUCAUGUAGCACUAGCAAAUUCGUACAUAUGUAUUUUUAUAAAUGUCACUGUUUCUAUUAAUUAUAACUUUA